GCACCACCGAGUUCUCUCAGUUUACAUCGUGACGUCACUUAAUUAGUGUAAAUACAAAGUUGACUGACGUUGUAUGUGUACGAGUGUGUGUCUGUGUGCAUUCGGUUUUUGGCGAGUAGUUCUCUCUCUCUCUCUUUUCUUAACAUCAAGAGUUGGCGGAGAGAUGAUGUUUAUAAUAUAGUUAUUUUGUGCGGUAAUUAAUCUAAAAGACCAACGGAUGGAUUUUGGGAUUCAGUUGGUUGGUGGGCCCUGUGGCCAACACGGCCCUUACACCUUUUACAAGGCGUUUCGAUACACGAAGAAUGGAAUUAAACGCGUAAUGACCCUCAGUGAAUUCUUUUUUGUUAAACUGUGGAUCGACUCGGAUUUGGUGUGCAUCGGGGAAUUACAAUUAUUGUGGGUCGAUAAGAAUAGUGAACAAGUGUUGGCCAGUCUCAGGUUGUAUUUUUUACCCGAAAAUACCCCCGAGGGACGAAUGGAUCAUGGAGAGGUAAGUUCUUUUGACGAAGUGUUGGCGAUAUCGGAAAAAGUAGUUUUAAGAGUAGAAGAUUUAAUUACGUGGAUUACGAUCGACACGGAAUGGUCAUGGGGUAGACUGGGUAGGACUUUGGAAAAUUCAUCAAGCGAAAACGAUAUUGUAAAAACCCCCGAAGAUGCGGUACCGAUGUCGAUAAAUUUGGGUGAAGGGUUAUUGGAUUUAUCGGAUGUGGAGGUUGAAAAGAAAACGACUCCAUCAGAUUCAAAGUACAACGACAAAUCACCAUCGGUGGUAAUUUUAAGCUACCCAAGGUACUGCAGAUACCGCGCGAUGAUGAUGAGAUUGGAGGGGGUCGAAGACGUCUAUCUAAAAAUGAAAAUAGUAAACGCGUUGGGCGGUUUUUGCGUGCCAUCGUUAAAUACUAGGAUAUUAUUUUGUCGCGAUACUUUUGAUUACCCCGAAUUGGAAGGACACGAAAUGUUAUGCAAUCAUUUAGCGCCAAAAUUAAAAGGAAGACCGCGUGGUCGACGGAAAAAAAGAAGCACUUCACCUGGAUCGGAAAGCAACGAAUCAGAAAGUUCUAUUUAUGGUGUUAAUAAUGGACAACCUAGCACAUCAUCGGGGAAAUCAACACAUUUAGAUGAAUUUAUGAAUGGUAUUGCUGUAAAUGGAUCGAUUUCGACUAGGAGAAGUAAAAGAACGUUGGAGGACCGUUACGAGAGAUCGUUUUUGAAGAAAGUUAAAGAGUUUAUGAAAUCAAAUCAAACCCCAAUCGGGCGAAUACCUUGUUUGGGAUAUCGAGAACUGGAUCUUUACGCUUUUUACACAAAAGUUCAAAAAUUGGGUGGAUACGAUUCCGUGACGGCAAACAGACUUUGGAAAUCGAUUUUUGAAGAUUUGGGUGGUAAUCAUACGAGUACGAGUGCAGCGACGGUUAUGAGGAGACACUACGAAAGAUUUUUACUCCCUUACGAACGUCACUUAAAAGGCGAAAAACACAAACCUUUGCCGGUUUCGGCGCGAAGAAGACUGAAAUGCAAAUCAAAUAGCACGAGCACGAGCGAUUUAGACACAACUAGUGAAGGCACUUCCGGCAGCGAACACGGAACGCCAUUAACACCAACGAUAGAUCAUAAUUUAAUAGGUGAAUUAAAAGAUGUCGUUGGAAUAUUAGAAAAAGGAAAAACGUCGUCGUUAAGGAGUGUUCGGGUAAAAUCGGAUCGUUUAAAAGAUGCAACGGGAAAAAAAGAAAAUGUGUUUAAAGAUGUUGAAGAUUUAAUCGGGGAGGAAAUUAAGGAAGUUAAAGAAAUUAAUGAUUUUAAAGAAAUCAACGAUUGCAAGGAAAUCAAAGAAAUCAAUAACUUUAAAGAAAUUAACGAUUUCAAAGAUAUUAACGAUUUAGAAGUGAAAGAAAAUAAGGAAUUUGAACUUAAAGAAGUCGAAGUUUGUAAUAAAGUGUUGGUGAAUAAGGUUGUGGAGAAAAAUGUGGAACCGAUUACGACUGCGGCUACCCCGGCGCAAGUUAAAAUACAAGAUAAAUCACCUAGUCCCGUCGAAAGCAUAGAAAUCCCGAUUUUCGAACCUCCCAAAAAUCAAUUAGUUGAAAUUAUCGAAAUCCCCGCGAAAAUCGUCGCGGAAUGUCCUGAAAUUAUCGAUUUAGAUUUAGAAUCUGACGUUUAUAAAAAUGUUUCUUCGAAUAAUAUUAAUAAUAAUCACAAUACAAACAAUAAUUUUACUCCUAACAACAAUAAUAAUCUUAGUAACAAUUUCCAUAAUAACAAUAAUAACAUUAUUGGGAAUACGGCUCCAUCGAUCGUCGAAAUGGAUAAGAUAGGAGUUGGUGGUGAAGUUCUGAAUGAUGUAAAACAGCAAAAAUUGGACAUUUUGAAGCAGGGUGGUUUAGAGGUGACGCCUGUUCGUAAAGAAAUUCGGCCUUCUGUUAUUCAACAAGCGGCAGCACCUCAUCACCGAGUCGAAAUUAUUCGGAAUAACAGCACCAUGGUUAAUAGUAAUAGUACGAGUAAAGCUUUGAAUGAUAGGAAGCAAAUGCCUCCGCCUAUGAUUAAUCCGAAAAGGAUUGAAAGUGCUGGGGGACAUGGGAAGGAACGGGAGAGAGGUGUUGUGUAUCAGGAGAGAAGGUUUGUAAAUGGUCAUAAUCCACCUAAAGUCCUUCAAUCAAAAUCAAUAUACAUCCCAUCUGAGAAAACGGUUUAUGGCGACCCCAAAGACUUAUUUCAACCAACAAUUCAUCAAGUUCAAGCACCAAUUUUUCCGGAAGCCACUCGUCCAACCACCGGUGGUGGUAUCCUCGAUUUAACGGUUAAAUCUCCUCAAAAGCCAACGAUGGAACCCGCCCAAAUCCCCUACAGUUACUUGGACAACGACUUGCCAUACGCUCGAACCCCUCACCAUCCUUUAGAUGGUCGAAAAUUAAACGCUAACCUCGAAAUUACCUUAGUUGGAAAACCAACCGCUUUGGGAAACCCCCCACGAUUAUCAUUGGGGAAUAAUUCAGUCUUUCAAAAACCUUCGGGUUUACCUCGAAAAAGGACUAUUAGUGAAAAUUUUUUAACCAGUUCGGUUAAAAUUCCGAGAAGUGAUGGAAUCGAUCGGCCGCGCUCGGCGAUUUCCGCCCCAAAAAAAGAUUUUGAAGCUAGUAUACAAUAUAUUCCGCAAGCUCCAUCUGUUCCAAAAGAGUUUGUAACACCGAAAGAUUUUGCACCUAAAGAGUUUGCGUUUAAAGAUUUUGUUAAUUCAAAAGAUUUAAUUCCUCCAAGUGCGGCUAGAAUUCCUUCAGUACCCCCUCAACCCCCUUUAUAUCAUAACGGAAAUCAGGUUAUGUUUCCGCAUAUGGCCAGUGCAAAAUUGCCGACCCCCCCUUACGUUCCCGAUAUGAAUUUGAUGUACCAACGGAUGUUUAACACUUAUUUGCCGUAUCGAAUGCCGAAUUCUGAAUAUUUACAAAUGUAUCAUGAUAUUUUGGCGCAUAAUUCGCGGAUACGGGUCCAAUUUCCGUUUGCGCCUGAAACUGACUCACAAAAAAAAUAAACUUUCUGAUUAACAUA